AUGUUCACAUUUACUCCGUUGCUUGGUGCCCAGUCAUCGGCCUCCAAAGCUUCGCAGUCCAUUCUUGAGCUAGAUGGCGGGGUGAAAAUCCUGGUAGAUGUGGGUUGGGAUGACACCUUUGAUCCCCUCGAUUUGGUGGAACUAGAGAAACAUAUUCCCACGCUUUCGCUCAUUCUUCUAACCCACGCGACGCCGUCUCACAUCGGUGCCUACGUUCAUUGCUGCAAGACCUUCCCGCUUUUCACUCAAAUCCCGGUCUACGCAACGAGCCCCGUCAUCGCACUAGGCCGCACUCUAUUACAGGAACUAUACGCCUCGGCGCCGCUAGCUGCAACAUUUUUACCCAAAGCCUCUAUCUCCGAACCCGGUGCUUCAACAUCUGCCGCAUCCGCUGCGUCUGUGACAGAAGAGGAUGGUAAUGCUGGGCCGACCAGUGCCGGGCGGAUAUUGCUCCCACCGCCCACUACUGAGGAAAUCGCCAGAUACUUCUCUCUUAUCCAGCCAUUGAAAUAUUCCCAACCGCAUCAACCUAUCCCGUCUCCCUUCUCUCCGCCUCUAAAUGGCCUUACCCUUACUGCCUAUAAUGCUGGUCACACCGUGGGUGGAACAAUAUGGCACAUUCAGCAUGGCAUGGAGUCUAUUGUGUACGCAGUGGAUUGGAACCAAGCGCGAGAAAGUGUGGUAGCGGGUGCGGCAUGGUUCGGAGGCUCUGGCGCAAGUGGGACAGAAGUUAUUGAGCAGUUGCGGAAACCUACUGCUUUGAUCUGCAGUACUCGCGGAGGCGACAAGUUUGCACUUUCGGGUGGAAGGAAGAAGCGUGAUGAAAUGCUCUUAGAUAUGAUUCGAAGUACCCUGGUCAAAGGCGGCACCAUCCUUAUUCCAACUGACACAAGCGCACGGGUACUGGAACUAGCGUAUGCUCUAGAGCAUGCGUGGCGCGAUGCUGCUCGGGAUACUCAGGAUGACGUGCUGAAAAGGGGUGGGCUAUAUCUCGCCGGGAGGAGAGCAAACACCACCAUGAGGCUGGCUCGGAGUAUGCUGGAGUGGAUGGAUGAAAGCAUAGUGCGGGAGUUCGAGGCUGCCGAGGCUGCCGAUACCAAUAACCAGGCGAGCCAUGACCCGCGACAGAACAAAGCAGACGGCAAAGGCCUUGGUCCGUUUACGUUCAAGCAUCUGAAGAUAGUUGAGCGAAAGAAGAAACUAGAGAAACUUCUCAGCGAUGGAACACCGAAAGUCAUUCUUGCCUCUGACUCCUCCUUGGAUUGGGGCUUCGCAAAGGAAUCUCUGCGGCUACUGGCCGGUGGCGAAAACAACCUGUUCUUGCUCACUGAGCCUCUCAACUAUCGGAAGUACUCUGACAAGACAGACGAGACUUACCGGAGAACCCUUGGUAGCAUGAUUUGGCAGUGGUACGAAGAAAGACAGGAUGGUGUUGCUUUGGAAAAGGGAUCCGACGGCGAAAUGCUUGAGCAGGUUCACAGCGGCGGAAGAGAGCUGUCAUGGACGGAUGUGCACCGUGCGCCUCUCGAGUCUGGGGACCAGCUACUUUAUCAACAAUAUCUUGCCACGAAACGGCAAUUCCAAGAUACAGCCCAGACUAGGGGCCACGAAAACCUUGACACGGCCGCUGACGCGUUAGACGACCGCUCCAGCUCUACAUCUGAAGAUUCAGAAACCGAACAACAAGGCCGAGUGUUAAACUUUUCAACGUCUCUAGCACACGCAAAUCGAAACAAGCUAGGUCUAACUGACGAGGACCUCGGUGUGAACGUUCUUCUACGGCGCAAAAAUGUGUUUGACUACGAUGUUCGAGGCAAGAAGGGCCGAGAGCGGAUGUUCCCAUAUGUAGCGCCGAGAAAGAAAGGGGACGAAUACGGUGAAAUAAUUCGGCCGGAGGAGUACCUUCGAGCGGAAGAGCGCGAGGAGAUUGACAUGCAACAGCGUAGAACCGAGUCUCAGCUCAAGCUCGGUCAGAAACGCAGAUGGGAUGAGACCGGUUCAGGCGGACGCCAGACUUCAGCAGGAAAACGCCACCAGGACGGCGAUAACGCAGACAAAAAGGAGGCAGAGAUGCUUGAUAAUUUCAGCCUGACAGAAGAUGGCGAGGACGCGGAUGAGGCCGCAGCUUCAGCAAAUGAGCCCGAUGAGCAGGCAUUUGAGGGGCCUGCAAAGGCGAUUUAUGAAAGGGCUACUCUCACCAUCAAUGCGCGUCUUGCAUUUGUGGACUUUACAGGUAUUCACGAUAAGCGAAGUCUCGAGAUGUUGAUCCCUCUCAUCCAACCACGAAAGUUGAUUCUCGUUGGUGGAAUGAAAGAGGAAACGAUGGCAUUGGCAGCAGAAUGCGAGAAACUGCUCGUCGCUAAAGCAGGCGUCGACGCCUCUUCGGCAACAGCUGCAGUCAUUUUCACGCCGAUGAACAAGGAAAUAAUCGAUGCCAGUGUCGAUACUAGCGCUUGGAUGGUCAAGCUGAGCAACAACCUCGUUCGACGCCUGAAAUGGCAACACGUCCGAAGUCUCGGAGUCGUGACAUUAACAGGCCAGCUCAAGGGUCCCGUGAUUCCAACAUCAACCGACGAAGAAUCAAUAGAAGGCACACCCAGCAAAAAACAAAAACUCGCUGAUGAAACCUCCGAAACCGCCACACCAGCACCCGCUGAUCCAAAACCAGCAGCAGCAACAGUCGACAACAAAGCCGACGCCCACCCAAUCCUCGACAUCCUCCCCGCAAACAUGGCCUCCGGCACGCGGUCCAUGACCCGACCCCUCCACGUCGGAGACCUUCGUCUCGCGGACCUCCGUAAGAUCAUGCAGGGCGCCGGGCACACGGCAGAAUUCCGCGGCGAGGGAACACUCCUCAUCGACGGGAUGGUUGCCGUGCGCAAGUCCGGCACUGGCAGGAUCGAGGUCGAGGCAGCUGCUUAUUCCAGCGGGCCGAAUGCGGCGCUUGCGCAGGGGGCUGGGAGUUUCCUGGCUGUUAAGCGGAAGAUUUAUGAGGGACUUGCUGUUGUUGCGGGGCAUUGA